AUGUCCACCAAGAUCGGCAUCGGCGGCGUCGCCGUCGAGGUGACGGCCCAGCCGUUGACAAGCGAAGCCUUCUCCCGGUUUGGCGACGUCGUCGCCAACCCCCGUCCCCACGUCCACCCAUCCGCCCACGACGGCUCCCUGACCGCCAACGCCGUGUCCGCCAACCAGGGGACGGCCAUCCAGUACCGCGACGUCAGCAGCAUCAGGAACCUGUACGAUCAGUCGCCCAGCGGGAGGUCGUCUCCCAAGAUGAGCAUCUUCCGCUGCGCAGCCAGGGAGGACAUCGGCAUCGUCGGUAGCGGCGCAGCAGCCGCUGGCCGCUUCGCCGUCAGGGUCAUGGAGCGUCACCCCUUCACCACCCAGACCUUCACGCCCGUGGCCUCCUCGGCAUCGAGAUACCUCGUCAUCGUCGCCCCCAGCCUGACCCCCACCGGCCAGGAUGAGGGGCUCGUCGUGCCGAGUCGGGGCCACGGCCUACCCGGGAGGGGACUGCCCGACGUGCGGAACCUCGAGGCUUUCGUCGCCGAGAGCCACCAGGCUGUCACGUACGGUGCCGGUACGUGGCAUGCGCCCAUGGUCGUCCUGGGCGGGAAGGGGACGGCCCUGGACUUUGUCGUCUUCCAGUUUGCCAGCGGUGAGGCGGAAGAGGACUGUCAGCUGGUCGACUUUGAGGCCGGGCCGGAUGGUGGGAUCCAUGUCUUGAUACCCCAUGGGAAGAUUAUGGCAAACCUAUGA